AUGGACGCGAUUCCCGCCAAACGCACUCUCCAUUCCAAGCGUUCCUUUGGCACAAAACACGCAGCCAUGGCAUACCCCCACGCUCACAAUCACCCCCACUCUCGCGCUGCUCUCGAUUCUCCUGCUGCCUACGAUGCCUCUGAAGAGGACAACGACCCUCUCACCGACGACGCAUCGUCCGCCAUCUCUGUUCUUGUUCCGUCAGCUCGCCUUCAGAUUGCAUCCGGGUCUAAUCCAUCCUCACAUUCCUCGUCGGCCUCUCGCUCGCCCGCUGUCUCCCGCCCUCCCCCUCGUCCUCGCCACGUCCUCGUGGCCCUUGUAUCCGACGACGAUGCGGGCACUGAUUCCCCCACAUACGACGGCGACAUCGAGAGCAGCACCAUGCUCGGUGCAAAUCGCGAACGUGAUCACGAUUACGAUUCGAGUAGCACACACUAUGCGCCCUCUUCGGCAUCCACCCUCACUUCCCCUUCCAAUUCCCCUCCCCCAUCAUUGCAGCCGCAGCUCGUUGAGCCACUGGCAUCGACGACGACGACGUCAUCCACCCAGAAAGGCAACCCCGCGGAGCCGCCUCCCGCGCCGAUCGCAAUAGAGGCGUUCAAUCCUGCAAGGCUGACCCCGGAAGACAUUCAGGAAUAUGUGCGCCAGGCAAUUGCGCGCGAGGGAGAAGAAGGCGCGAAACGGCCGUACAAGAUAAACCCCCCUCCGAAAGACCGCCCUGCGCGAGUAUACGCUGAUGGAGUCUACGAUCUCUUCCAUUUUGGACAUGCUCUCCAGCUUCGCCAAGCAAAAUUGUCUUUCCCUCCGAUACCUGUGUCCCCUACCUCCUUGCAAACUCACGGUUCCAAUCAAAGUGACGGGGCCUCUAAGGAGCAAAAGUUGCAAUACCACAAGUCCCCAAACACGACGCCUUCUGCAAGCAGUAGUGCCCGCCCAUCUCCGCUUGACACAGCACCACCAUCGGGAACUCUCCCAGGUGUAUAUCUGCUUGCUGGCGUAAAUUCGGAUGAGCAAUGUACCGAGCAUAAGAAUCUGGCGGUGAUGAGCCACGCAGAACGUUGCGAAGCUGUACGCCAUUGUCGAUGGAUCGAUGAGGUAUUACCAGACGCACCAUGGGUGAUUGGCGAAGAGUUUUUGCAGAAGCACCAAAUUGAUUACGUCGCCCACGACGAGGAUCCGUACGUGAGUGCGGGGAUAGAUGAUGUAUAUGGAUACUGUAAACAACAAGGCAAAUUCAUCCCCACGCGACGCACUCCAGGAGUGAGUACAUCGGACCUCCUCGAACGCAUCGUAUCGCGGUACCGGAUGCGCGUGUUCGACAAGAAGCUCGCGCGGAUGGGACACGCCGAGCUCAUGGCGGAAGGCAGUGACUACGAUGAUAGCGCCCCCGUGAGUCGCCUUGUCAGCAGAGCAGGAAGUCCUGGUGCGGACGUGCCCCGCUGA